UAAUACCUAUGCACCAAUCUUUAAAUUUGGAAAAGAUACCUAAGAAAAAUUGAAGAACUAGAAUCCUAAAUUUUUUCUAUUCAAAGAUUCUGAUUAUUUUCUUUGUAUGACUAAAUUUAAUUAAACCUUGAAAUUUUAAAGUCAAAGAAUCAUGCUCAGUCCCAAAGGGUAAUUUGGUCAUUCCACAUUACCAGCCAAACUAACGACCAGCAUUCAGUUUGUUGGAGGAGCUGAUCUUUUUAUUUAAUUUUUAAAAUUAAAAAUAUGGAAAAAUAAGUAAAAAAGGCAGCUCUUAUAUGUGUGUGUAUCUCUGUAAUCAAACAGAGAAAGAGAAAGAGAAAGAGAAAGAGAAAGAGAGAGAGAGAGGAAAUGGCGGAGCUAGAGAGCUCAAAUGUGAUGCCGAAGCUGAUCAGUUUCCUCUCAUCUCUCCUUCAGCGCGCGGCGGAGUCGAACGAUCUCAAUCCUUCGUUCGAGGCGCAGAAGAUCUCAGUCUUCCACGGCCUCACGAGGCCGACGAUUUCGAUCGAGACCUAUCUCCAGAGGAUUUUCAAGUACGCCAACUGCAGCUCCUCCUGCUACAUUGUCGCCUACGUCUACCUCGAUCGCUUCGCGCAGCGCCAGCCCGCUCUCUCCCUCAAUUCCUUCAACGUCCACCGAUUGCUCAUCACCAGCGUCAUGCUCUCCGCCAAAUUCAUGGACGACAUGUAUUACAACAAUGCAUAUUAUGCUAAAGUAGGAGGGAUCAGCACAACAGAGAUGAACUUCCUAGAACUGGAUUUCCUGUUUGGUUUGGGAUUCCAUUUGAAUGUAACUCCAUCAACUUUCCACGCAUAUUGCUCCUACCUCCAGAGGGAGAUGGUGAUGCAGCCUGAGCUCAGCAUUGCCGACGAAUCAUCUCUGUACACCGCAAGGUCAUCAAAGCUACUUCAUUUGUGUUUUAAUGAAGAUGAAGCAUCCCAUCAACAGCAACAACAGCAGCUUGCUGUUUAAGGUUUAUUACUGUAGCUUAGGUUAGAGGUUAGUUAUAGUUUAAUCAAGUCAUUUUUGUGCUGCCAUUGAAUGCCCAUUUCACUGUAUUUUUGGUUAUGUUGUCACUGUUAUGUUGUUGUGAAAGUGGAUGUUUCUGGGAAUAUAUUGGUUAUUAGACCCCAUUGGAAUGUACAGUUGGGUUGUUUCU